CGCCGUGUUCGGGAGUCAGUAGUCAGUAGAAUACAUUCUCACUUUCGUUGGAAAGAUCAUGGCAGGUGGUUGAUUUGUUGUUAGUUUGCUAUUAAAUGUGCGGGCUCCAGAAAAUCAGAUUUUGAAAACAAUAUGAGCAUGAAGUGGACACGUCCGGCGAAGGUUCCAUACCCGGCAGUAUGGCACCGAUUUCAGGCCAAAGCCCCCGACAGUAAACGGUUGAUUUGGUACACGGUUCAAGAUCUCCCAGAAGAACGCUACGGCGAUGCCAUUCAGCACAUGUGCGACCAUUUCACCCGAGAUGAGUUGAUGAAUCAAGCGAAGGGAUUGGCCAAAGAUUUGAUGGCCAUGAACGAUGUUGUAACGCUGUGGAAAUCGAUGCUCCCGGAUAGGCUAUCGUUGGUUUGCUUUCGGGAAGGUUCCGACGAAGUGGUCGGUGUUAACAUCCUGGAUGUCGUUUCCAAAUCCGAUAAGGAUGAUGCUAGGUUCAACAGCGCCAUCUUCCAAGCCAUCUACGACACUAUCGGCUACGUAUCGCAGCAAGCUAAGAUCUUCGAACGGUACGGAGUCGAUCGCUACCUAAAUGCGAUGGGUCUAUCGGUGCAUCCGCAGUACCGUGGCCGGGGCAUUGCCACCGAGAUUCUCCGCGCUAGGAUCGCCCUCUGCCGGGCUGUUGGUCUCAAAUUGAGCUCGACUUGCUUCACCGGACCCAGUUCGCAAACGGCUGCCACCAGGGUGGGAUUCCAGGAGGAUUUCUCCAUCACCUACGGGGAAUUGGCAGUGGUCAACCGGCGCUUCUCCUAUCCCGGAUUCGAAGAGAAUUUUUGCAAAUACAUGAGCUUGAAAAUUGAUUGAUCAAGUCAGGAGAACAAGAGAGAGUGUUUCAUUCAGAGGAAAGAUUUGCGCAAGCGCAA